AUGCCUAAGCCGUACUUCAUCCACUUUGCCGUUACGCACGCCGACUUCCGUAUUCCCGAACUCCUAUCUGUUGCACAAUGCUAUGGUUUCGAAGUAGGCCUUCCGUCUGAGCCAGAAAUUGAUAACAACCGUCCGUUUUUACAAUUAGAAAUCAACAAUGAUGAAGAUGCCAAAGUUUUGGCUCAGCGAUGCAUUCUUGUCAAGGCAGUCUAUGCGCUGUGGGGUCAUGGGGAGUCUUAUGAUGAACUUCAUGCGAUGAAUAAACGAAACAGAGCUAUCUGGGAUACCGAUCAUUACAACUCCGCUCGAUUCAGGUUUAACGUCAUGGCGUAUUCGCAUACCCUCUCAAAAGAGAGACAAAGAGAUAUCAUGAACUCUUUUGCAUAUAUGGGCUAUCAGGGAAAAAUCGAUAUGAAAGAUCCUGAGUUUAUCAUGGCUUGUAUUGAGGAAUAUCCUGAUUCACGCGGCUGGCCAAGACAUAAGCGACAGGUCGAUGGUGAAUUUCGCCAGGUAAUUUUUGGAAGACUGAUUGCUGAAGGAACAGCUCGAAAGCUUAUUGCUACAUUCGAUGUGAAAAAACGAUCUUACUAUGGUAAUACAAGUAUGGAGGCGGAGGUGUCGUUAUUGAUGGCCAAUCAAACCCUGACCGCGGCCUACUUCGGAGCGUUGGUUUUUGGAAGCGACAUUGACGGUAGACAAAUGCGUGGCAAAGACACCACGCCAGGAAUUCGGAAAGCUGCCACGCAGUAUGGUGUGCUACCUCGCGUAUUGGAUCUUUGUACCUUUGACGUCACUCAAGGGCCCCUUAGGCGAGGAGGGUUGUUCGAUGCAAUAGUAACCGAUCCGCCUUAUGGUGUCCGCGCUGGAGCCAAAAGGCUCGGAAGGAAAGACGGCCAGGAAAUGCGAACAGAGCCCCUCAUCUUACAAGACGGAUCUCUAUCUCACACCCACAAAACAUAUGUACCCCCUACCAAACCCUACGAGCUCUCAGCCCUGGCAUCAGACCUUGUUGAACUGGCUCGGUAUCUGCUUGUCCCAGGUGGUCGCCUGGUGUUCUUCCUCCCCACUGUUACGGAUGAUUAUGCGCCAGUAGACAUCCCCAAUUGCGAGGGUAUGCAACUAAUCGCCAAUAGUCUGCAAAAUUUUGGAAAAUGGGGUAGACGACUGAUUACGAUGGAAAAAAUUACCAAAGAAGAGUAUACUGCACCUACGUUCGGGCUGGAGCAAUAUGUCAACGAGCAUGUUCCAGCCCACAAAAAUUUCAGGGACAAAUACUUUAAGGGGUUCCGUAAGGGGGACGAAGUAGAUACGGGUACGGAUAGUCUGGAUAUACCCAAUUAA